CUUUUAUUUUGUCCCCACUUGUUUUAAUUAAUGUUCCUUUGCGCAGAAUGGCACUAGAGCCAGAGCCUACAUGAAUUAUUUUAUGACUCCACGCCGGUUAAGUGAAGGAGAGGGUGUUGUCGAAUUCAAGAGAAAGCGGAAGAUCGAAUGACGGCAUACCGGUACUAAUGCUGUCUUGAGUUUAGUAGGUUACGCGCUCUCACUCUGGUGAUGCACUCGCAGUAAUGUCUUAGGAAAGAUAUUUGAGAAGAGUAAAAAUGGAUGUCUCCUUGAGGGGUACAUCAGCUGGGAAAAGAAAUUUUAUGUGGCCAAUUUCGAAAAUACUAAUUAACUAUCCUAUUAUUGUCAAGAGAAGAGAAAUAUGGAAAGAAUUUUUUCUGGAUACGGGUAGUACUGCAGAUGGCAGGACCAUGAUAAAAAAAAAUGCAACGUUACCCUCAAUUUUGGUAAAAGUGGUGAGAGCGAUGACCCGUUUCUGACAAACUAGGAGGGAAGGGGGGGAUCUACCACCAAGUUAUUCAUCUAAAGCCAAAACAUUUGGUUCUUCAGUCGCCUUUUAGACAACGGCAUGAUCAGAAGUGUUUUCAUUUGUGAAAAUGCUUAACACGUUUCAUCUCUACAUCGUCCUUCUUUGUCUGGUAAUCGUCAAUUCGUCUCACGCAGGUUCUCGCAAUUUUGUUAACAGACAAUAUGCCCAGGUAAGAAGUGAUUGGGUUCCUACUGAACGCGGUGGCAGGGCUUCAGUUGUCUUCCCCCUCAGUAGCAACACAAAUGCCGGUCAGUUAAACUAUCAGAUUCAAGAUGCAGCCAAACAGAGAGCUGAAAAGGAUGUAAUACGGACAAGUACAACUUCACGUUCAGUUUACUUCCAAGACUAUCCGGAGUUAAAAACUUCCCAGCCAGUAAACGAACUUAAAUCCGUUUCCGGAUUCCGGCCUUCCCAGGCAUAUCCUAUCACGUCCUCGGUCAGCGAGCCCGUAGUGGAAAAGCGGGAAUUUCCCACGGUCCAAAGUAACGCACCGUACGCAUCUAUUGUCGAUGAGAAAAUAGAAUUGGUGCCCAAAACGGGGAAAUACAUUAUCACUGGAAGUGUCAUUCCGUCUCUUCAAACUGUCGAAGUCGUGACGACUUCUCCAUCGCUCACCGAUUAUUCUGAUUUAGUCGAUGCCAUGGAACAUCUAGUUGAGAGACUUAACGAAUUGGAGAUGAAAUUAGAAAAUGAAGAAGCUAAAGAAGCGCUAGAUGAAAAUAGCCGUUCUAUUUUGGCGAUGAAUUCUGCGCUAACUUUGACGAAAGAAAAGCUUGAAGCCGAAGUUACGUCACUGUCGGCGAGAACAGUAUAUUUGGAACAACGCUUAGGGGAUCUAGAAGAGGUUACAAGAGAGUGGAUCAAUCCUAAUAACUUGGGAUAUUACGAUCAUACAAAAACGACGGAAAAAAGAGGAGCAGCCCGUCGUUGCCCUACGCAGUUUUUUAGCUUAGACGAUAAGGAUCCUGUGGCACCUUGUUAUUCUAUCAGCACAGAACCGAACGUUCGCAAAAACUGGCAGGAUGCAUCCGCUAGUUGUAAAGAGAUAAAUGCCAAAUUAGCUGAGCCCAAAUCAACGGAUGAAUUGAGGAAACUGACGGACUAUUUGCGGUAUAACAGGACCGAUCAAAUUGGUGGUGGCUAUUGGACUGGUGGCCUUAAUCCUGGGCUCAUGUGGCUGUGGCCGUCACUCGGAAGCUCGCUCACCAAUAUUGAUCCUGCGUUCUGGCUAAUUUCGCCAGAUGCUGUUGACACAAAUAAUGGCAAAUGUCUUAGACUUUCUUAUGACAGGACAUCACAACGUUAUGCCUUACAAGGAUCGGAUUGCCAAAGAUAUUUGUAUUUUGUUUGUGAAUAUGACAACAAUAAUGGAACAGCCCCCACAAUCGAACGAUUAGAAAAAUCAGUGGCUAACGGAAAGGAAUAUCAGGAUACUACAGUAUCAAGUGUGCUUCGUCUCACACCUAAGACCUCCAGUGCAGCCGGGGAUGUAUCCAUUUCCGAAACGCAACCUACAACGACUACUCAACCAUCAACACCUUUUUAUCCAGUUCCACACUAUAAACGUAUAUCUUGGCCUGGCUCGAUAUCCACUACUCGAGCUACGACGACUACCCAACCCCCACCGACUCCAAACUACGUCGGAGUUAUAGGAUUUAAGGGAAUACCCCCUAAGCUAAGAAAUGAAAUUCCGCUUAAUUUGGCCGUCUUAGAGGACAGCAACUCGUAAAAUAGGAUCAGAACUGAUACCCCGACAUAAUUCAUGCACCUUCUUGCACGUGUUAUCUGCUUUAUUUCUUAGUGGCUGGUUCACUGAAGUAGCUUACUAAUUUAUCCCCAUUCCCAAGCGGGAGAUGUUUGAAUAAAAUCGUGAAAACGUC